AUGGACUGGAAGCCUUGGGCAUUUGAAGCGACGCUUAACGGGGGCUGUGAUAGUGCGACAGAGGGCUACCACGUCUUGAAGAUGGUAUGGAGGUCGGCGUGUGGGCCCUUGUCUGGGGCUUCAAGCAGUGGAGAGAAGAGUAGAUGUACUGCUUCGAAUUCUUCUACCAGACGAGAAGAAAAUCCAGAUGGGAAGUGCACGCUUAAGUUGUGCGUCAAUAGCCGCCUCAAAGACAAGGUUGCCGCUGUGGAAGACUUUACUGGAAUGUUCCUGGUUUACUCCACACCACAGCAUUCAACCGGUGUCAAAUCGGUGUGGCAGGCGAUCGAGAGGUCAUGGUUUCUUCCCACACUGAACGUUAACAUGAAAAGGCGAGAUCACCCCAAUCUGCUGAGCGAGAUUCCAGAUGAAAAACAGGAUGUACUGAUACUGGUAGCUAUACUAAAGGUUCAAGGAAGCUUUCAAUCGUCCCCGGAAUCCAUACUAAAGGUUCAAGAAGGCUUUGAAUCAUCCCCGGAAUGUAAGAUAUCGGAUUUGAAUCCAGGCUGCCAUAAUCGAGUUCUGAAAGCAAAGAUUCAGGAAUUCCCUGAACUAGUGACGAAAGCCUCCGUUCAGGGCAAAGUUUCCGCAGAUGGUAAACCUAAGGUUUGUGGGGUCCCGGAACGCAUGCCUAGACCUUUAGUUCCCGUGCCGACAUCGAGUAUACUAAAAUUAGGUUUUGGGACCCCGUUCCGGCUGAGGACGCCCCAAACCUUAGUUUCGGCUUUGCCUAACAUGGAUACCGAAAUAAAGUAUUCCAGACGAGAUUUCGGUAGCACUCACAUUUUCGGUGCUGGUCUUGCCAAAAUAAGUACCGAAACAGAUGCUUUCGGCAUUGAUUCAGGGUAA